UCUGGAUGAUUUUCAUUUUUAAAUGUAUUUUUCUUAUUUUUUAAUUCAGUCCCUUGUGGUGUAUGCCUGCAUAUGUGAGUUUUAUUGCUAUUGUGUCAAAUGGUUGUUAGUCCAACAGCUAAAACAUUUCCUCUGGAUGGAGAAUGAAAGGGGUGGAACAGUUUGAGACGGGGCUCUGCCCCUGCAGCCAAGUAGGAAAGGACCGCCUCUGAGCAAGUGUAUCGUGUCUCGUCCAUCUGCUGCCAUCGUUUCCACUCAUCGGAAACAAUAACUCCCAUCUGUUCGUUUCAAACUCUGACAAUUCUUGUACCAUCGGUGUUUCCAGUCCAGAUUCCGUGUUUAUUGCGACGCUCAUUUACCAACACGUGGACACAAAGUGGUUUAAAUACUUUUAUUUAUUCAUUCAUUCCCUGUGUAUUUGUGUCGUGCGCUCAGCUCCACUCUGACGGUGAGCAGCAGCGCAGCAGGAGGCUGUCAGUCCUCCCCGUCCCUCCCAUUGGCUGCAGCAGGAUGCUCCGCGUUUGCAGCUCAUUUCUUGAACCGCGAAUGCAGCCGCUGGAGCAGACGCAGGUUCACAAAGGAUCCGAGGAGAGGCUGAGGAGAUCUUCACCUGUAGAUAUUUGAUCCACUGACUGCGCGUCUGCUGUAAACCACACCAGCGCUGCUCCAGUCUCGGCUCAGCUCCCCGGAAUAAAGCACAGUUCCUCAGUCGCUGGAAUUAACUUCCACAUUCCUCCCCUUCUCCUCUUCUUUGCGGGCGGCUCUCGCCCCCUGCUCGGGUGUUGGGGGAUAGCGCAGGCUCGCCGGCUGUGUGUGUGCAGGGAUGUCGGCAUGGCUUGCACUAGGAGAACCAAAACUUUGGUGUCCACAUGCGUGAUCCUGAGCGGCAUGACCAACAUCGUUUGCCUGCUCUACGUGGGAUGGGUUACAAACUACAUCGCCAACAUGUACAUCAACGUGCCCAUGCCUUUACCGGAGCGAAAGUUAGAGGCGGAGAAGAAAGGAGACACGCUCCGAAUCAUCGAGAGACUCGACCGGCUGGAGAGUGUGGUCAACCAACACAUACAAGAGGCUCCAGGCAGAGGAGAGGAUGGUCAGGAGGACACAUCGUUCUCUGACUCUUCACUCUUCACUCACUGGGGUCAGGAUCUGAGUCCAGACAACAGGAGAGUGGCGCUGAAGAUGUUCCAGUAUUAUGGCUAUAAUGGCUACCUCAGCGAUCGCCUCUCCUUACACAGACCAAUACCAGACCUGAGACCUGAUGGGUGCAGGAACAUCACUUAUCCUCUAAAUCUCCCUCAAGUCAGCAUUGUGUUCAUUUUCGUGAAUGAGGCUCUGUCCGUCAUCCUGAGAUCCAUUCACUCUGCAAUCAACAGAACGCCUUCCCAUCUCCUUAAAGAGAUAAUCCUGGUGGACGACAACAGCGAUAACAAUGAGCUGAAGGAGAAACUCCAGGAUUUCGUGUCUGAGACCAACAGCCAGCGUCCAGGAUUUAUUAAGGUGGUGCGGCAUUCCAAGCAGGAAGGACUUAUUCGGUCCAGAGUGAGCGGAUGGAGGGCUGCUACUGCCCCCGUGGUUGCCCUCUUUGAUGCCCAUGUUGAAUUCAAUGUAGGCUGGGCUGAACCCAUCCUGCAGAGGAUUCAGGAAGACAGGACCCGCAUUAUCUCCCCAUCGUUUGACAACAUCAAGUACGACACAUUCAUGAUUGAAGAGUAUCCGCUAUCUGCGCAGGGCUUUGACUGGGAGCUGUGGUGCCGCUACCUCAACCCCCCCAAAUCCUGGUGGAACCAGGGUAACAGGAGUGCACCGAUCCAGAGCCCCGCCCUGAUUGGCUGCUUCGUGGUGGAUAGACUGUACUUUGAGGAGAUUGGACUGCUGGAUGAGGGGAUGGAGGUGUAUGGAGGGGAAAACGUGGAGCUUGGAAUCAGGGUUUGGCAGUGCGGCGGCAGUGUGGAGGUUCAUCCAUGCGCACGCAUCGCCCACAUUGAGCGUGCUCAUAAACCCUACACUGAAGACCUGACGUCUCAUGUGCGAAGAAAUGCCCUGAGAGUCGCCGAAGUUUGGAUGGAUGAGUUUAAAAGUCAUGUCUACAUGGCCUGGAAUAUUCCCCAGGAGGAUUCAGGGAUUGAUAUCGGUGAUAUCUCUGAGAGGAAGGCUCUGCGGAAGAGACUGCAGUGUAAAACCUUUCGAUGGUACCUGGUCAACAUCUACCCUGAGAUGAGGAUGUACAGCGACACUGUUGCCUACGGAGUGCUGAAAAACUCUCUGAAGAACGACCUGUGUUUGGACCAGGGCCCUGACAAUGACAACGUACCCAUCCUGUAUCUGUGUCAUGGGAUGACACCUCAGAACGUGUACUACACCAGUGCCCAGCUGCUGCACAUCGGGCUCCUCAGUCCCACCAUUGACGAUGACGACAACAAGUGCCUGGUGGAUGUGAACAGCAGACCUCGCCUCAUCGAGUGCGGCUACGCUGCGGCCAAACGCAUGAAGCUCCACUGGCUCUUCACUCAGGGAGGAUCCAUUCAGAACAGAAAAUCAAGGAGAUGUCUGGAGCUUGUAGCGAGCGGUGACAAUGAGUUCGGCUACCAACUGGCUCUGCAGAAAUGCACUGGACAGAAAUGGUUCAUCACAAACAUGCUGUUUAGCAGCACAUCCUGAUUGACGGGUGCACCUGCAACACAGAAGGAACAGCACACACUGAAGUGGAUAUGUGUGUGUGUGUGCGUGUACACGGUGCGUGCGUGUGCGUGUGUUCGUGCGGAAGAAGACAGUGCAUGAUCGAGCAUGUUUAACGCUGCGUUGUCUUCUGGUGAGCAGUGGACAGCGCGCCGUAAAUUUUUACAAGCGUUUUAUUUUGGAUAAAGGAUCAGCCAUAGUUAGUGGAUAUUUUAUCAGACUUGACGAUGUAGUAUAUUCAGUAUAUUUUAUGGUUACUACAGUACAGUCAGAUUUUUGUUGACUUCACAGAUGUAAAAGGUUUCAGUACGCUUUGGUACUUUGUUCAUGUCUGCUACUGUGUAGCAACGUUUCUGAACCUGACCUUGGUGUAAGUAUUUUAUUUCAGUGUCUCAGGUUUGUAAGUUUAUAUGUACAGCCAUGGGAGAAGGCUCCGAUGAAAUCAUAAAUAACCUUUUUAAAUGUAUAUAUGUCAGACAUUUGUAAUAUAUAUAGACAGUAUAUAUGAAACAGUAAAAUAUUGCUUUCUGACAUAAAUGACGUAGUGAAGUGCCUCUUCCUUUGUUGAUCGGGCAAAUAUUGGCAAAUAACAAUGGAAGUGGAGUAGAGGAAUCUGAUGGCUCAUUUAAUACAUGGAAGAAAAAAAACUCCACCAUCAGCAUUAUUGUAAUAAUUGAAGCAAACAUAAACAUAUUUACGUACUUAUUGACUAUUUUACAGCUUAAUUUAAUGAUAUUUGUUAAAACAUCUUGAUACCAGCCUUGCUGAUACGAGGUGACAUCACUCGUGUCUCUACAGUAGUUGAGGUUUCCAUUAUUAUGCAGUUAACUGAAAGACAGUGUGUGUGUGAGGCAGUUAGUGUAUUCUGUGCAAUGGCAGGUCCUGUGCUCGUAUCGUUACAGAACAAAUCUGACUUCUUCCGUCUGACUUUAAAAUACCUCAGAGUUGACCUACUUAUAUAAACUACCCAUAAGGAGCAGUGUGAAAGAGAACUGGAGGAAAAUAAAAACACUGGCAGACCAGUGCACUGCUGAAUA